AUGAUCGGCCAGGUGUUUAAAUCUCGAUCCAACGCAGUUUCAACUUUAGCGGUGGCAGAUCGUUGGUCAAGGGAGAAUUGCCCUCUUCGCACCGGAUUGAACUUGAUAGACCCACCUCCCAAAAAGAAAGAAAGAAAAGGAAAUUAUCCCGUUUGCGCAGCUGCACAAAAUUCAGCGCAUCGGAUGCCGACAGAUCUGGUAGUUUGUAAAGCGAGCAAAGUCGGCGAUCGUACGGCUGGCUGCGCCAAAUUUAGCAAGGUUCCGUGGGGAAUUUCUGAAUGGCAUGAAAAA